AUGCCGAACGCUAUUUCCUCUAGCGACACCAAUAACUCUAAUAAUGUACCAUCCAGCAAGAACCGCAAAAAUAAAAAGAAAUCUCUGGCCUUAACUACUUCAGAGGACGCUUCACCACGCCAGGAACCACCGUCUCCCACCACACCAGCACCCGAUUCUGUGGAAGGUAACCUUGAAAAUGCGAAUAAAGGUCCAUACAUGGAGUUUGUUGGUAAAAGGAUCAGAACCUUGAAGAAAAAAUUGGGCAAAAUUGAGAAAUCUAAGGAGCUCAUUAAUACUAACCCCGAUUGGAGAAAUAUAUUGAACGAAGAUCAAAUUCAAUCGUGUGAACGGGAAUCAGAGGUCUCAGGUGCUCUCAGGGAAUUGGAGGAAAUUACAAAACAAUUUGAGAAAGAGAAUCAAAAGGUUCUCAAGGAGCAACAGGAUGAACGUGAACAGGCUAUUUCCAAUGCUGUAGAGAAAGUCAAGGCCACACAUUUGCAAUCCGUCAUAAGCCUCCUUAAAUUCUUCCGUCUCGUUCAUCUUCACAAAUCGGGAGUCACAAGGUUUACAGAAGAUGAAUCAGAAUCGAUUGAAAUUCUUCAGACUUUAUUCUUUAAUGCAAUUGAGGAUUCCAAGGGCGAUCAAUAUAGCGAACGACGAAUUUUAGAAACUCUGGAUAAAUUAUGUCAGGGUGAUGAAAGUGUCAUAGGUGAAUCUGGUGGCAAUGGAAUAACCUACUCUCAUAUUCAUUCAUUAAUUCAGAGUCCACCGAUAAGCGUUGAAGAAGAAGCGGUGCAUGAGAACUCAAAUGAAACGGUAGAAGAAACCAUCACUCAAGAAGAGAUUACAAAUAAUCAAGAUGACAAUAACGGUGAUAUGUUUGAGGUUCCGCCUGGGGGCUUGCAGUUUAGGUUUCAUCGUGCGGCUAAUCAAAAUUUUAUUUAUCAAUAUACUAACGAGAAUGAUGGUCCGGUCGAUCAGAUAGCCAUCGAGAGUGAUAUCCAAGAGUCAUAUCAACAGCAACAAACUUUCACCGAGACGUUUACCGUGACGCAAGAGUAUACGACGGAACAGCAGCAGACCGAUAAAAACCAGUUCCCCGUUGAUAAACAGCAAGAGCAGUCUAAACAAGUCACCGAUGAUGACCAACAACCUGAUGACCAACCUGAUUCUCAACAGCAACCGAAGCCAAUUUCUCAACAAAACGACCAACCACCGCCACUUUCACGAACCUCAAGUCAUAAGGGCCGUGGUGGCGGUGGUUAUCGAGGCCGGGGUUAUCGAGGCCAAGGACAGAACCCAAGGAGAGACAGCAGGGAUGGAAACUAUAGAAACGGUGGAUAUGGUGGAAACUUUCGUGGUAACCGUGGUGGCGGUAGCGGUAACGCCAACUCGGGUCCUCGGGGUGGGAGGGGUAACGGAUAUCAAGGUGAAAGAAAAUUUCAUGUUUCUCAAAAGUAA